CUUCAAAAUUCUCAUCCGCAGCUGUGCCUGUUCUUUCCCUUCCUCCUUGGUUCACUCUCUCAGUCUUUACCCAAAAGUUGCACGUAAGAAGAAAGUAAACUGCACGUAUUGCUUAAACAGAUAAUUCACAGAUGCCACUGAAAGAUUACAAGUACACUGUAUAUUUUGCUUAAACAAAAACAAAAUACAUAGAAAUUUAUGUAUAUUAAGAUACAACUACAUAUCAAAAAGCCAAAAGAGCAAAUUACAACAAGGACAACAGAACAAGAGAGACAAGGGGUGGUUGUAUUUGUGUACAUAUAUAAGUAAACAAAAGUUCUCCAUGGAAGAACUUUCAGCAAACAUCUUGCCAAAUACCAAAGCCAAAAGUUUUGGGAGAGUUCUCUACUUCCUUCUACCGCCUAAAAGGGAGAAAAAACCAAAAGACGACUUAAGAAGAAACUACUACAAAAUACAUACAUCAUGAAUCCCAUUUUAUGGAUUCCUGCUUGCCUGCCAUCCAUCAUCAUUCAUGGUUCCAGCUUCAAGGAAACAACCCGUGAUUGUCUGUUCCGCUUUGCUACGUUCACAAGCACUACUGAAAGGCAGGAUGGAACCCACCAUGGCCGCCGGACUUUCUGCUCUCCUUUGAGGCAGGCCACUGCAGCAAAAGCUUCAGAUGAGAAACUAGAGAUGGCCAUGAGAAUCAGAUGAUAUAGCAGGGAAAUUCUCAGAUGAUAAAGCAUGGAAAGACUUGUAACGUACAUCUGUUAUCAUUGACCCGGGAAACCCCCAAUAUUCUAGAACAAGUUACAGUAAGCACGAGCUUACAAAAUGGGAGCUCUCUCAACUUUCAACUCGACAGACUAAGAUCAUCAGAUCCUUGGGCGGUCUUUACAACCAAGACUACCCAAAAAUGCAUUGAUCCAAUGCUGAAGUGAAGAAGAAGAAGAAGAAGAAGAAGAAGAAGAAAGAGAGAGAUGAAUAAAGCAAAGGAGGGAAGGGGAUCUGAACCUUUUAUUCUUCUGAGCUCCUUACACAGCGUUAUGAAGUCACCCCAUUUCAUGUGGCACCGCCUUAUAAACCUUAGUAUCUGUUCUGUUGUGAACAUGGACAUGCCUUCUAGAUAUUCUCCAUUGACACCAUUUUCUUUGAAAAUCUGACGGUAGCUACCCAGAUUUAUCUCUUCCAGCCACAAACCAACAUCCUAGCAUGAGCCAUAAAUAGAUGGGCAACAAAGGUUAGUCUUUGAAAACAUAUAAGAAUAUACUGAAGCUGAAAGCUAAAGCAUCAUCAAUGGAUCACACCACAUUGCUAGUUGGUAAACAGUCAAGUUGUACUGCAUGACGUUGGGAAUUGAUUCUUAGAUCUAAAUGAAUCAACAACAAAUUUCAUGUUUUCAAUCACUUGAAAGCAAGUCCUUUAAGUUCACCACUGGUAAGUAACUCACUCAUGGCUCACCUGCCAAGGUCCAAAAAAGGAGAUACAAUCUAGAAGUUACCACAGCUUGAGGUAAAUUUGAUAUUUUUUUAAUCAUUCGCUUCAACUGAAUUGAAAAAGCUUAACGCCCUAUCCUGCCCUAGGGCGAAAUGUCCAACCUCCUCUAUUGGUAUUGUCUUCAAAAUGUAAUCAGCAAUUAAGUGCACGUCACCCACUAAGGCGAACCAUUACACAAGCAUAAAAUUCCUAAAAAGAACGGGUGCUACCUUGCUCUACCUGUUCCCUGCUUUACUACGAAUGAGUAAAGCUUCAAGAAGCAACUCAGAAGCUUAUACAUUUUUUUUUCAAGAUGUCUGAAGCCCAUUUGAGUGGAACCCAGUCCAACUAUUAUGCAGUGGAAACCUAUCAAUAUAUUCCAAUUCAUAAGAGUGGAACGAAUCACUGAGAAUCAUCCAGGAAAAAAAAAUACACAUUUGAAUAAAACUACGCCGUAGAACUUUUCAUCUAUGUCAAGAAAACUGCUAAUCAACAGGCGUCCAUUACAAGUAACAGUUGAAUGUCCAAGGAGAGAAACUGGAUGAAGUACCUAAAUCUUCUAUAAAAGAAUAGGAACACCAAAAGCCAUAACAAGUAGCAACAACUGAAACGAAUGACAACAUAUAGAGGACUCAGCAAAAGAACACCCUUAGUAUAUUCAUUGUGCUAGGUAGCGAAACAAUGCAACUAAGUCUCUCUACAAAUCUACAUAACCUAACAGACAAAUUGAACGGGUGACACCACACUUUCAUUCUGUUCAGUUCAUUUCAUACACUAAUCAAUACAGUCUACGCAAUCAAACCUCAAUAUGAAUGGAGUUAGUCACUGCUAAACGAACUUUAAGCAGGCCAAACUGACCAGAAAUCAAGUAGGAGUUUGGUUGGGUAGCUUAUAGACAAAGACCUUCCUAAAUCAUUGAGGGAAUGCACAAAGUCUCUUUUCUGACUACACUCUCUGCCUCAAAUUCGAAGCCAGGAAGCAGCCAAACAACAAGCCCAGCUUUCCAACUUGACCAAUUGGUUACAGAAGAGAAAAUGGAAGACCAACCACCAGGCUUUAAAUUUUUCCAGGAAAUGAAGAACCCGAUUCAGGAAAAGGGGAAAUGACCCUCCGCCACCCCCAGCCAAUCGGAAUAAAUAAAACCAUAAAAA